AUGGCAGCCGUCGUGGAUGCGAUCAUUGUCGGUGCAGGCCUGAGCGGACUCCAGGCAGCACUGACAUUUCACGAAUCGGGCCGAUCUUUUAUCAUUCUUGAAGCCCGCGACCGUGUUGGGGGCAAAACAUGUUCCGUCCAGCGACCGGAUGGCAAGGGCGUCCAGGAGGUCGGCGCCACAUGGCUGAACGACACCAACCAAUCGCACAUCUGGAAUUAUUGUAAGAGGUUCGGUCUGACACCUGUCGUGCAAAAUAUCGAGGGUUUAGUCGCUAGUGAAGACGCCGACGGAAGAUGCCAUAUGUUCCCGUUCGGUGAAUUACCUAGGUUUGAGAAGUCAGAAGUGGAAAACAUUGAGAUGAUCCGCGAUAUGGUCGAGACCGCUUCUCUGAGUCUAGAGACUUUCAAACAGCCCAAGCGAGGUGAGCUUGAUUGCGUGUCGUUCGAGCAGUGGUGUCGAGAUUCCGGGGCGGGAGCUCGAAGCUUGGAGACCGUUCGACUCUGGUGUCGUGGGACACUUGGUCAAGACUCGAGCGAGGUCUCAGCGCUUGCGUACCUAGAGAUAGCACGGGGUGGGCUGGGGAUUGUGAAUCUGCGAUAUGAUGGAAAAGAUGGCGCUCAAUAUCUUCGUCUCGCAGAGGGCACACAGUCCAUCCCGGUUGGGAUGGCUGAAUUGUUGCCAGCCGGCUCGAUCAAACUCAGGACUCCUGUCGUUUCGAUCACGCAGAACACGCCGAAGCUGUACAUCGCCACCACGGAAUCUGGCCACGCCUUCAAAGCACGCAAGGUCAUUGUCACCGUCCCAAGCCCAGCAUACAAGAACAUAACGUUCUCUCCGCCUCUAAAUCUCCAGAAACAGAUGCACACGACUGCUGCACGCUACGGGUGUUUCAUCAAGUUUAUCUGCCUGUUCAAAACUCCCUUUUGGCGCCGCCAAGGCUCCUGUGGGCUCGCGCAGAGCUUCCGCGGCCCUAUCAACCACUGCCGCGACACUUCUGUCGAUGCUAAUGGCAACUACGCGCUGACAUGCUUUCUUUGUGCUGGCCCAGGACGAACUUGGAUGGCUCUGGAUCAGAACGACCGCCGAAAAGCUGUGUUGAAGCAGCUAGGUUCCUUGUUCGGGGUAGGGUAUGAAGCGGUCCAAUCUGAGUUCUUGGGGUCUAUGACCUCGGACUGGAUGGAAGACAAGUGGGCUGGAUGGGGCUGUCCCUUCGCAGCCACACCGCCUAACGUGAUUGCUGACGGGGCCGUCGAUAGUCUAGAUAGCCAGAAGUCUGGUGGGAUCUACUUCGUUGGUACCGAGCUCGUGGAUGAAUGGCGUGGGUAUAUGGACGGCGCAUUACGCAGUGGUAUCACGGGUGCUGGACAGGCGUUGGCGGAUUUACGUUCAGGGGAUGGAAGGCUGUGA